ACCAGGAGCAAUGACAGGGUUUUCCUCUCCAUGUGGCGCAUGCAAGUUCCUUCGGAGGAGGUGCGUGAACGGGUGUGCCUUCGCCCCGCACUUCUGCCAUGAGCAAGGGGCUGCCCAUUUUGCCGCAAUUCAUAAGGUCUUUGGUGCAAGCAAUGCCUCAAAGCUUCUCAUGAGCCUCCCGGCGACCGACCGCCGCGAGGCCGCGGCCACCAUCUCCUACGAGGCACAGGCCAGGCUACAUGAUCCGGUAUAUGGUUGCGUCGCGCACAUAUUCGCUCUGCAGCAACAGGUUGUAAAUCUGCAAGCACAAUUGGAGUCGCUCAAAGCUCAGGAACCAGUACAAGGGCGCACAAAUACUUGUUCCGUGUCAAGCCCUGAAGAAGACAGUAUUAAGGCCAAGGCUAUGGCUUAUCAGAAAGGGGAAGCUAGGAUGCCACAGCCAGGACAUUCAGUCAAGAUUGAAAGAGAGAGAUACUUCGGAAAUGACGCCAUGACCUCCUGCACUUCCAUGCAGUAUUCUCAGGAUUACAACAGUUCACAUGUAUACGCAACCGACUAUCCGGCGUCGUUUAAUGAUGACAGUAUCCACAGUAGCACCAUGUUCCCCGUUGAUAUGCAAGAAUAUCUGCAAGAGAGUGGGUAUUAUGAUGCUGAGGGCCUCUAGUUGGUUGCCUUUGCAUAUAUCAACUAGGUGUCACAGCAUGUGCUUGGUAACUGCAAAACUACCAGCAGUCCUCUUUCGGUCCAAUUCUAAACCGUGGACGACCAUUGUAGCUAGAAUGUUCCAUGAGCAGCCUGUACUAGAAUGCUGAAUCAAGCAGGGUGAAGUGACAAAUGUUUUCCACUAACCAUCAACUGAAACAAUACGUGUAAUGGAAGUUAAGAUCCGAUUCGGUGGAAAUCAACUAAAUAACUACGUACUGACACAUGCGCCAAACUGCCCACCGACUGGGGGUUCACCAGCUGGGAAAGUCUCAUGUCAUAAUAAUGGAAUUAAUUAGGAGAUGUGGUAUGCAAGCCCUACUUGGCGAAAUGGCGGCCAUGGUUUUCGUGGAUUAGGAGGAGGCAUUUCAUCGAACAGGUUGA